UGCGCGGUGUUGACAGUUAAUCGGGCGACGUAGGCACUGCAGGGGCGACGUUAAGCGUAGCGUAACUAUUUCCUUUCCGGGCAAUUAUUUAAUCUACUUUAGUUCUUAUAUGUAAGACAUUUUCUUGUAUAUAUAUAUUGUAUAUCAUAGGGAGCACAGAUUUCCUUCCGUACGGCCGCGCCUGACGUCACAGUAUUUAGUGGGUGGGGCAGAGAACUAGCUUCCUCUGUUACUUGGAAAAUUUCUGCAUUUUCCCGAAUACUUUCUGUGUAAAAUGAGUUAUCCAGGAUACGGCGGAGCUCCGGGUGGAUUCGCUGGAGGAUAUGGGGGAGCUCCUGGUGCUCCAGGAUUUGGGGGCUUUCCAGGCCAGCCUCAAGACCCGAUGAUGGGGUAUUUCAGCGCUGUUGCCGGCCAGGAUGGACAAAUUUCUGCAGAUGAACUCCAGGCGUGUCUCACCCAGGCCAAUUUCUCUGGCGCCUACAAACCAUUCAACCUCGAGACCUGUAGGCUGAUGAUUAGCAUGCUGGAUAGAGAUGGCUCACAUACGAUGGGCUUCAAUGAGUUCAAGGAGCUGUGGAAUGUUCUUCACGCGUGGAAGCAGCAUUUCGCCUCCAUCGACCGUGAUCAAAGUGGCUCAGUCGACCUACAGGAAAUGCAGCAGGCGGUCACCUCCAUGGGUUAUAGGCUGAGCCCACAAGCUAUGAAUGGCAUGGUCAAAAGAUUCAGCACUCAGGGGAAGAUCUCCUUUGAUGAUUAUGUCGCCUGCUGUUUAAAACUCAAAAGUUUGACUGAUUUAUUCAGGAAGCGUGACCAGACUCAGCAGGGGGUAGCCACCUUUUCAUACGAUGAUUUUAUCCAUUGCACAAUGACUACAUAAAGCCGCUGGAAGCCCACCAGAAAGGACUGUGGUUCCUCUGACCCAUGCUGACAGACGAGACCAUCACCUUUAAUAUGUAACAUUUAGACCAAGUUUUUAAUGUUUUUUUUCCCUUCAUCAAAAGCCUCAAAUACAAUACACUACUUUUGAUAUUUUUCCAUAUAGCUUAUUAAAACCGAACGUAAGAACCGUAUAAUCAUUGUUAAACUAAUAGAGAUAGUUGCUGUACCCCAAAAUAUUUGUAUCUGUUUUUUUAGUCAUUUUUUGUGUUUUCUUUAACUGUCCCACAACAUGUAUUGCCAUGCAGACCUAUGCUUUCCCUGGUGCUUGAUGGAACAUAUUAAAUGAAUAUAAUUA